ACGGCGCGCAGGAGACCACCAAGGAGAGCGGCGUGCGGCAGGAGAGAGCGUCGCGCUAAGGAGAGGAAAUUUGCCGCGGUGCAGGUAAUCAUCGUCUGUAGCAGCCAGUUGGAAAGCAAGGGGCAAGGGAAAGAUGAAGAGCUUCGUUGGCAAAGUGAUUUCCGAUAAGAUGCGGAAGUCCGUUGUCGUUGCUGUCGAUAGACUGGUUCGGCAUCGCCUGUAUCCGAAAACGGUCAGGCGGACGACUAAACUCAUGGCCCAUGACGAGGAGAAUGCGUGCAAAAUAGGGGACGAAGUACGGAUCGAGUCCUCCAGGCCACUGAGCAAAAGGAAACACUGGGUUGUAACGGAUAUCAUAAGGCGCAUGCGGGUUUAUAAUCAACUAAGCUCAGCAGCAGCCGUAGGCAAGAAUGUCUCCUCUACCGAGCUUUCAGCUGAAGGAACGCUUGGUGCAUCGACGACCCCUCCCGGAAAGGGACAGGGGUAGUCUAUGAUGGAGGAGCUCCUUCAAUUUGGGACGUGAUUCAUCGCAGAAGAGCAUUCCCAGAAAUACGUUUUUGCCAAGUUUGAGUUGGUGUUAUCUUUUAAGCAGGAUAUCCACGUGGAUCCACGUAACUGAUUUUGAUUCUUCAUGAGCCUUAGCAGCAGAUGUGACUGGCACCCGUCCAUUUCACGAGCUGCAGCUAUAGAUGGCUCAAGCAGAAGCAGCAGCAGCAGCUAUAGAUGUCACAAGCAGGAGCAGCAGCAUCAGCUAUAGAUGUCAGGAGCAGCAUCAGCAGCUAUAGAAGUCACAAGCAGCAGCUAUAGAUGGCUCAAUCAGAAGCAGCUAUAGAUGUCACAAGCAGCAGCAGCAGCAGCAGCUAUAGAUGUCACAAGCAGCAGCAGCUAUAGAUGUCACCAGCAGCAGCAGCAGCAGCUGUAGAUGUCACAAGCAGCAGCAGCAGCUAUAGAUGUCACGAGCAGAAGCACAUGAGCACCACAAGAGAUGAUGUCGCAAUCAGAAGCAGUUAUAGAUGUCACCCAGACUGGAUUUCCUCCAAUCAGCGUAGAGUCAUUGACUAGUAGUCCUUUCUUUCUGAGCUGUGUGAUAAUUGCGGGCUUGAGUGAUAUUUUCUGCCUUCAGGGGCAAUAGCUUCCCUGAGAAACAAACACCUGCAGUCUUCACAACUGCUGCCCCCUACCUGUUGCAUUCCCCUGAACACAACGCACUCUCAACAUGACUGCAGUGGAUUUGAAAGAUAGCUCGUAUGCAUGCAUGCAUGAUCGGGGUGUGUUGUGUUGGGGGGAAGACGACAGUGACCCCUUCCUUCACAUGUCCUAUCUUGGUUGCUGGUGUUCCAAUUUCCAAAUGUGUGACAAUUGCUGCACCGUGUGGUCACGGCUCCCCCGUCGGGGGACAGAUCGCCUUUGUGGGCCAUCUUGGAGUGACUGAGUGAGUGGAGAAGGUAAGUAAGGAACAGCCUUGGGGACGUGCUUGCUUUCCCGACACGUCAACUGUUAAACGUCAGUUAUGGUCACGGUCGUCACGGACGUAUGAGGCCUCAAGUGUUAUGUGGCAGAAGCGUCUGUAACCGUUCAAAGUGAGUUGGCGGUGGCAAUGUGUGCCUUGGGGGGAGGGAGGGGGAACACCCCCGGCCUCAGACUGCUGUCUGCUUCCCAUAUUGCCAUCUUCUCCUAGGUUGUUUUGCACUGCUGGGCAGCAAGCAGUGUGCAGCUAGCUAGGUGUUCACAUGGCCAGGUCCCAAGACAGUUCUCAUUACUUGUCUAGACAUUGGGUGGCGCAGUCUAAUGUCUAAUGGCCCAUAGGCUAAUGGAUUAGACAAUGACCAUGGGCUAAUGGCCAUAGACUGGACAUAGACUAUGNUAGACAAUGACCAUGGGCUAAUGGCCAUAGACUGGACAUAGACUAUGGCCAUAGACUAAUGGCCAUAGUCGAAUGCAGUAGACUAUGGCUAUAGACUACUAACCUAUACUAAUAGCCCAGGCCAUGACUAUAGGCCAUAGAACGAUGGCUUAGACUAUGGCUAUAGACUACUAACCUAGACUAUAGGCCAUAAACUAAUGACAGAGACUAUGGCCAGGGAUGGAUGUUGUAGACUCUGGCCAUAUACUACUAAUGGCAUAGACUGUGCCCACACAGUGAUGGCCCAGAUUAUGGCCAUAGGUUAAUCACCUCAACUUUGGCCAUGGAAGUUCAAGAGCUUGGCCAUCCUGUUGAUCUAGUACCUAUCCAGCGCAGUCCGGGCAUGGACAACGCGUACAUGAUCGUUGCAUUGAUGUGUGUAUUACGAUCCUGGCUCAUUUCGAAGUACACAUUCAUCAGAAAGUACAAUGCCGUCCAGUUGUAAAAAGAAAUGAAUGAACUUGAGAGGAGAGAGAGGGAAAGAAGAAGAAGAAGAAGAAGUAAGAAGAAGAAGAAGAUGUACUCCAGCAUAGACCAAAGAUAAUGCUCUUCUUCUUCGCCAACCAAUCUCCUCCUCCUUGUCUCCUUCCCUCGUAUUCAAACAAGAAAUAACAAUAAUAAUGUUGAAUGGCUGAGCCAGAAUCAAUGUCGGAAUCCCACGUCUACUGCAGGCACAACAUGAGGUCCACCAUAGCUGUGGCCACCCUUCCUCUUCCUCUUCAUGUGGGCCGAGGCUAUGGUGGAGUACUGAGGGCUCUACCCUCCUGUCCAAAGGACAACCCAAAGCAGCUAUGCCGCUGCCUCCCUGUGCAAAGGACGAAGCAAAGCAGCUAUGCCGCUGCUCAUUAGCUAUGCCUGUCUCUACCCCGAGCUUCCUUGGUGGGGCACUACCCCAACUGGGCCCUUCCAGAUGCAGCGCCCAUCAAGGUGAUGAAGAUGGUGGCCACCAUACCCAGGUAGGUACCUCAGCACUCUCCUCCUUGGUCCUCUUCUCCCUCCUCCUCCUACCGGUAGAGAUCCACCAUAGCCAAGGUGGAAGCUCCCGGCUUCUUCCUCCCAGCAGCGCUGUAGUAGCCAGCGCUCCAGCAGCGUGUCGCCAAACUUGCACACUGAAGAAUGAGGCAGGGCUCUUCCCUCGGCCUCUUGAUGUAGCACAGCCUACUUGCCUCCUGGGAGGUGACUUCCAGGCCGCUCAGCUUCCCAAGCAACCGGUACCUCCUCCCUUUCGGAGGGAAACAUCAUUGCAGACUCUGAUAUUGCCCGUACAGGCUCUAGACUCAGACUGGAUGGACUGGUACCGGCCUGGGCCUAGCCUACCGCUACUGGACCUCUAAAAAUGCCAACUUUGUCUUCUUCGGCUUGGCCUCGAGUACCCGGCACAUCUACUGCUACUGGGUGCGGUAACAGUCUACCUGCUACUUGAGUGUUUUUCCGCUGCUCUAAGUGCCGCGGGCCUCCGGCUUCGCUACUUGAGUGUUUUCCCUGCUGCAACCCUCAAUAUCACGGCCACAGCAAGGCAUCCAUUCCAUCGGCAGGACUUCAGAAAUCAGCAGUGUUCUCAGUCUGUGUUAUGGCAGGUCAUUACAUCCGUCUCCGACUCUAGCACCGUGCAACACCCGUGUUCAUACACAAUGUUUAUAGAGACUUCAUCAAGGGGAUUCCAUCAACCCAGAAGCAUAUCUCAGAUUUCCACAGGAAUAACGUCACACAGAAAGUACCCAAGGACAAAGGGGUUAAGGACAGUUUUUUUUUGUCAGACUUUUCUUGAACCUUGGACAGCCUGCAGAAUUGUCUUAACGAUUUUUUUUCAGCUAUGAUCUGCUUUGUAUCCGGUUGCCAGUGGGCAGCACAGGUGGAUCUAGGUAACAGACAGGUAGGGCAGGCAGCGAGGGGAGCGGCAAGGGGAUGAAGCCAGCAGCAGUAGGGCGUGUGGGAAGGGAAACGUUGAGGAAGGCAGGAGGGCUUCAUGGCAAGCAGUGGCAAAGCAGAUGCGCAGGAGGGCGGGCAGCAAGGCGAGCAGCACGGGAAACGAGGCGAUACCAUGACGUCAGCACCGAGGCAGCAACCCACACGUUCAGCAAGGAUCAGAGCAGAUUGUCAUCUUCUCACACCAUAUGGAAAACUCAAGCAGACUGUAGGUUCACACCACCGUCGAGGUGCAGAGGAGCGCAAGAUAAAUAUAUGCCGGUUUCAACACUGGGAAAGACGGGGGGCAUCACGAACAUGCCUGGGCCCCUGACGGUGCACUGAGACUUGGGGGCAAACUAUUUGGGACACCUUUGAGAUGCUCAACACGCAGAACAGAGUGCAUGUUAUUUGUAUUAGUUUGAGAAUAACCUCGGAGAUCGAGCUUGGGGCGAUAAAGUGAUGUUCUUGUCUACAUUUAUCAGUCUUCCAUGGGUUUUGCUCUUUUUUUUUUUUAGGGGAGUAUGCUAAUAUAAUAUUAAUGAGGAGUUUAUGUACUCUUUUAUUUUUGGGUGGUUGGUUGAAAGAAACACAGCAGGCAGAGUAGGAACACUAUGAUGAAUACGAAGGCAACAGACGAACGCAAAGGAAGCAGAACUGACAAACUGCAUUUGGGCACAUUUGUCCAUGGCAGGUAACAUGACUUUUUUUUUUUUUUUUUUUUUUUUUUUUUUUGGAAUAAACUCCCUUCCAGUGCUAGUGGUGAGGAUGCCUGAAUUUACAUGAAUUUGGUGGACACCCACUCAUAUGUGAAAUGAGGAAAUUUGAUCAUUCAUAAAUGAAAACAAGAGGAUCAA